CGGCAGUGCCAAUAGCAUCAGCCGACUGAGAAAGUCAGUUGUUUUUAUGAAAGGGAUGGUUCAAAGUUCGUGAUAAUUGGGAUAAUUGUAAAAGAAAAAACGAACAUGCUAAUACUUUUGUGAAUAAUUUGAGGGAUACCGGCGUCAAUAUGGAUGACAACACAGUUUGUGAAAGCAAUAAUACUGGGCCUAGGCUCCCCACCACGUCUGUGACAAGUUCAGCAGGUGACUGUACCGGCGGAGGAGAACGUGUUAUCUCUACCGAGGAUCCAUGGAACGAAGAUGACAACAGCGGCCUACGAUUAUUUGAUAGUAAUAAUUUUAAUGAUACUUCACCAAAGGAAGUUACUAAUGACGGUAUACGUGAGAUCACAAAAAUGUCUAAAGAUGUGAAAAUUACACAAGAAAAUGAUAAUAAUCAAGAAAUUAAAGCAUCUCAGAAUGUGAAUUUGAACAGCAGAGUGUCAGAUCUUGACAAUAAAUUUUUGGAAGCAAAGGACAACCUUGUUAACACAGAUGGACCUAGUACAUCAAACGAGUGUGCAACGAACAGUAUUUUAAAUCCUGAUGAACACAUAACUACUGCUAACCCUAAACCUAAACAUACAUCAGGCUUAGGCCUAGUACAGGGUGUAGACGGAAGCCAAGUUGCUUCAGAAACAAAUAAAGAAAAAAUGUUAGUUGCAGAGAAUAGUGGAAAUGCAGGUCUAUCUAAUAAAAUGCCUUUUGGUUUGUUUUCUGCUAGCAGUAACACUAAAGUUUCAAGGGCUUGCACAGAAACCAAGAAUGAUGAACGCCAAUCAGAUGUUGACUCUGAUUCAGAUGAAGAGGAGAAAUUUAAAGGGGAACGCAUCAUUGAUUUAGGUGGCAUUGAAAUCCCAGAGAUGUUGUCGCCAAAGUCCCGGAUUGAUUACAUUAAUGAUAUGCGAAAACAACUUGGUAACUUGAUCACAAAAGGCCCUAGUAUUGUUGCAACAAACCUUCUUCAUGGUGUGAGUGAACCACCAAUCGGAAGCCCUAAAGACAAACUAAUGACAGAUAUUGAUACAUGGGAAGUCCUCACACCGUACAGCUCAAGUUCAAUGGCUGAUUUAAUAAACCCAAGUGGGCAAACAUUACACGGUACGAUAACAAGGGAAGGGGAAAUGAUUUCUUUUGUAGCUGAUGAUAUUAUGGAGAAAAUACGCCAAAGUGCGAGCCCUAUGGCAUCAUCAAGGGGUUCACCAGCAAGCUCUGUGACAGCUUCUGCCCCAGACACUCCUCUGUUGCCAUCACGGGCAGAGUCAUUCUCAAGGACUGCUAUUCCACCAAUCGACCCAGCUGUAAUCACAGACAUUGAGAAGCACUGUGUAAAAGUAGCAGACAGCCUAGACUUAAUGCUAGGAAACCUGACUGGUAGUAUACACAAUAUGUCUGCAAUUACUGUUGGCCACAUUCAGACUUACAAACAUGCAGCUGAUAAAGUCGGCUUUACAGUAGAUCAAAGUGUCAAGGCUAUGUAUUCUUUGAUGGCAAAAUGUGAACAGCUGAAUAAGAUGAUGGAGCCAGUUCAAGAUCUUGCCCAGCAAAUCAAAGGAAUUAAGAGAUUACUGGAUGAAUUAGAGUCGAAGUGCAAAUGAUUCCUGAGAUUUUGCAGUAGCACUAUAAGCAAACAGUAAGAGAUUUGACCAUAUUAAACAGUACAGUACUUGUAUUAAUAAGGGAUUAAGAUCAUUCUUACUGAAGUCAAAGGCAAUUUAAAGGGAGCGUGAAUUCUCAACAAAUUGUAAACACAGAUAGUUUUGCCAUAGUGUUUGGAUAUCAACAAGGUGAUAAUGAUAUUUUUUAUGGACUCUUUCAUACUGAAAUUGCAAGUGGAUAGAAUGCAUGCAGUUGCACCAUAUAAGCAAACAGGUUAUGUAGAUGUUGAUGCUUUAAAGGAACAUGCAUUUGGAAAACAGGGAUGAAACAGGAUUCAUGCCCCAUGUCCCGCUCUACCCAUCAACAGGGGUCCCAAGCUGCAAGAAUUCACUUCUGGGAGAUCUACAUUAGUUUUAGCUUUCAUACUGUAACACAUCUAAUUUUAUGUUGCUGCACAUGCUGAUACCCAUCAGCACUGAAUUCUGUGAGACAAUUAAUAAUGAAGUAGUAUUCAUUCAAGUAUUAUUGGAUUGGUUAUUUUCUGUGAGAUCUUGCUUGUUUGUGGGAGAUUCCCGUAACCUGUGUGAGACUUGGGACCCCAGCAUUAAUGGUGUAAGUACUUCAUUAGCAAUGGGAUUAUAAUCCGAGCAAGCAUACUUUCAACAAGGGAGGAUCGACCUACCUUUCAAUCGGUUGUGGAAUGACCACCUUAUCUUAGAAAAGGAAAAUAAUAAUUGAGAUAAUUAUCACUGAACAAAAUAUAAUAUAUAACUGCAUCUAUAUAAAAAUAUGUGUCUAAAGUGCUCAGAAAUGGAAUCUAAUAGUAUUCAAAUUGGUUUGAGGUGAAGUAGUAAAUAUACUUCAUGAAGUGUUGGAUAAUUCGGACGUGAAGUUCUCUUGACGUGAAGUAAAACUCACUGCUUUACCAAAAUACAACCAUGUUGAAUUGUUUUACUGUAUCUCAUAAAUAUUAAACCACAAACCAUCCAUCUACAUUAGUCAUUUCAAUCCGUGAGGGUAAAAUUAUGCAGAUUAAGCUUAAGCUUUACAUAUAGGCGAAGGUGCAGUAUUCGAUUGUGUAGGCCUAAAAAUGGUACGCACAGGGAAGUAGUGACGACCACAACGCAUCCUUUCAUAUUAUAUGAGGUAUAGUAAUAUCGAAUAGUACUACAUAAUUUUAAAACAUUAGCUCUCCCCCAGCCCCAAAUGUAACUCAUCUUGUUACUGAACCAGUAACAAUUUCGGUCUCAGUCCGCACCUGCUCGCAAUGUCAUGUAAUUACAUCGCUGGAAGUAUUGUGAAAUCUACAUUCACCAUGGUUAUGAAAUUUAUGUAGUAGUAAUAAUUGUAAAAAUAGUAAUAUAUUGAAAAUAUAAUUAAACAAUAUGGAAAAUUAUUAGUAGAAUUUUAUUAUUUUGCACCUA